AUGAAUGCUACGGCGUGGCUGCUGCUGGGCACGGUGCUGAGCGGGAAGAGCGUCGAGCGAGAAGCCCAGCAGCGCAUCAACUGUUAUAAAGAAGAUGGUCCUUCUCCUGAGUUGGAACAAGAACAUAGAUUCACUCCAACAUCUCUUUUUAAUAUCAGCACCAAGAUUGUUGAAAGACAAGGAAUUUGCCAAUUUAACAUAACUUGGAUUCUUAAUGAAGAUGCCAGUAUACAACACUUGAAGGCAACCAAGAUUUGUGUAUCCCCUGGAGACUUAGGCUGUAUUCGAUGUGAUUACUUAGAAAGAUUUUCAACCCCAACCAUGUCUGAGAAUCAAAAAUGGCAGUUCAGCUUUCCUGAAUUCCCAGUAGAAGAAAACAUUGAUUACUUCAUCAAAUUUUAUAACCUCCCACCAGCAAAUUUAAAUCAAGAUUAUUCAGGAAAAAACAUACAUCUAACUUCUCCAGGCUGUGAAGACGAUAGGUUGAAGUAUUGCAAAAACUGUAUAGAAAAAGGGAGCUUGUGGGAUCCAGAUAUAACAAUAUGUAACAGGGAAUUGGAACUAGAAGUGAAUUUUACACCUAGUAACUUUACUUCCAGAUAUAAAAUCCAUCUUUGUGACUCUGAUGAAUGCGAUAAUCCGGUUCUUCAUUCUGUGUCUACUACCAAGGAAAACAAUAUUAGAGUUUCUGAAAAAAUAAGAUUGAGUGAUCAAAGAAGAAACAUAAUAUUUAAAGAGCUAAUUCCUUAUUUUCCAGGAUGUGGAAGUGAUUGCCGAAGGUACUCUUAUUAUCAAACAGUUUGCACCAAAGAACCUAUCGCUGAUGUGGAAGAAACCUAUGUUGGCAUAUUCAUUGCUUUGUUUCUGAUAGUAUGCAUGGUUGCUGCUGUGCUUUAUUUCAGGAGUAAGCAUGGUACAGUAACCUAUGUGGCUCAUUUCCAUCCUGUAAUAGCACAAACACCCACUACAGUUCUUGUUGUAUAUUCUCAAGAAGCAUGUUUUCAGCACACUGUCCUGGGUUUUGCUGAAUUUCUACAGGAAUACUGUCAAAGUAAUGUUAUAAUAGAUCUAUGGCAAAAACGGAGAAUUGCUGAAAUAGGACCGGUGCAGUGGUUUGCUACUCAGAAAGAAAUUGCUGAUAAAGUAAUUUUUCUUUGCCCAAGCCACCCAAGUCCUUCAUGUAAUUCAGAUUGUAAGAGCAUUAUAGAAAACCAUAACAAGAAUUCUGAGUGCAUGUUCACUCUUGCAUUGCACUCCUUCUGUAGUGACUGGAAAAUGGAUUCUUCUCUCCACAAGUACAUGGUUGUUUCUUUCAAUGAAACACAUCCAGGCCCAGAUCUCCCAAGACCAUUGAGCAUCUGCCCAAACUAUCUUUUAAUGAAAGAUAUUGACUCCUUUUGUAGAGACCUUUACAUUUCACAGAGUCUAAAGGAUAAAGCUGCAAAGGAGAAAUGGGACUGGAGAUUUAAUAUUAGAUCUGAAUUGCAGGUAUAGUAUUAAAAUGGAGAUUGUGUCUCAUUUUUCUCCUCUAGCUAUAAAAGUGAAUUAAUAUUGUAAGUUGCUAAUAUUCACACAUUUCACAUACAUGAUGCUUGUGCACUAUUUCUAUACUUUUACUGCUUUAAUAUACAAAAGAAAACAAAAACAACACAAAAAAUUAAAAUACUGGAACAAAAGUUAAUAACAAACAAACAAAAAGAACAAGGAAGAAACAGUGCAUGGUAAAAUGCAUAAAUAUAAUAACUGCUUUUAACCAGUAGAUUAAACCAUGACCACAUGGGAUAAUAUUGGUUGGUCUAUCCAAUAUAUCAGUAGUAAGCCAGUGCAGAGGUGGAAAGGAAGCAAUUAU